CUUCAAGUUCAACUUUCCAGCUUCUCCGACAUCCAGCAGCCCAGCUUCAGGUUUUCACAGAACACGAAUAUCCCGAGAACCCAAGAACCAUGCAAGGCUUCAAUCGAUACUUCCCGCCCGACUUCGACCCCAAGACUCACGACACACUCAACAACUACCACGGCAAACAUGCGCUGGGAGAUAGAGCCCGUAAGAUCGACAAAGGGAUCCUGAUCACUCGAUUCGAAUUACCAUUUAAUAUCUGGUGUGGGAGCUGUGAGGCCCACAUCGGUAUGGGCGUUCGCUACAAUGCUGAGAAGAAGAAGGUCGGGAUGUAUCACACUACACCCAUCUACAGCUUCCGUUGCAAAUGUCAUCUUUGUGGUAACUGGUUUGAAAUCAGAACUGAUCCCAAGAAUACUCGAUAUGUUGUCGAAAGUGGCGCGAGACAGAAACAUGAGGAGUGGGAUCAGGAAGAAAAUGGCGGGAUUGUACUCAAGCACAAGCAAGAUGGCGAAGCAUCGGAUGCGUUUGCCCAAGUCGAGAAAACAACCGUUGACAAGAUUACGGCCCUAGAAAAUAAAGAUAGGCUCGAGGAAUUGAUGGAAUUUAGCGAAGCUAGAAACUCAGAUCCAUUUGCGCUUAGCCAGCGACUUCGAAAGACGUUCCGAAAAGAGAAGGCCGAGCUGAUCAGCAAAUCGAGUGGGGAUGAUCAACUGCGCUCGAAGUAUUCCCUGCCGGCUGGACUGAAGUUUAUUGAGGCAGAAGAUGGUCCAUCGGACCAACAGCAUGCCAAGGAAGCCCGUCGGUUGAUUGAUAGUCAUCGGGCUGAUGUCGAAGCUAAGCGUUGUCGACUCAGUGCCGAGCUCGGUCUACCGCCAAUUCGCUCCCAAAAAGGCCUACCACCUAAAGCUGCCCAACUGGCCAAUCUGAAACAAAAGUUGGCUCCCACUCGGCAGAAAAAACUCGAUACAUUUAGUACCGGUUCUUUGGUAUCUCGUCGACCUAUGGGUCGUGCAAAACCCCUCACCACAUCUCUUCCUUCUACCGGAUCAUCCAAGGGUCCAACUGUUCCUGAUCCCAAAAGCUCUCAAAAGCCCCUUGCUAGCUUGGCAGGUUACUCAAGCGAUUGAUUUUUCAUCGACACAAUUUCUUAUUUGUUAGUCUUCAAUGUCUUAAUAUUUAAAUCUUUUGUUGACCUUGUACAGUUGCAAUCCCCCAUGCUAUCAUCAAAUCCCAAAUGGAAUAUUAUAUUUUCUCUUCCUGUGCACAAAGUUAAA